AUGUUGCCAUUUCUAGGUGUAUCCGCUCUCGUCUGGGCGCACCUGGUAUUUUUCAUAGGUCUCUUCGCCCCUGGCAGUAACGGACUGUCCGUCCAGAGGACCCCACGAAGCUUGAGCCAGAAUGGUCAGACUGAUAUAGUCAAGUGGGAUGCCGAUUCCCUGAUGAUCAACGGAGAAAGGCUCAUGAUCUUCUCUGGCGAAUUUCACCCAUUCCGCCUCCCAGUUCCCGGACUAUGGCUAGAUAUCUUGCAGAAAAUAAAGGCUAUCGGCUUCACUACUUCCUUUUAUGUCGACUGGGCCUUAGUGGAGGGUACUCCUGGGCAAUUUAGGACGCAAGGUGUUUUUGACCUGGAAGCUUUUUUUAAUGCUGCCAUUGAGACUGGACUCUAUUUAAUCGCGAGGCCUGGGCCAUACAUCAAUGCGGAGGUAUCUGGCGGUGGAUUUCCUGGCUGGCUUCAGCGUCUAAAUGGAACCCUAAGGACCUCCGCUCCAGAUUUUCUCAAUGUUACAGAAAAUUAUGUCUUGGGCAUAUCUGAAAUUUUGAGAAAGCAUCAAAUCACUGAGGGUGGCCCAAUCAUUCUUCUCCAACCUGAGAACGAAUAUACGCACUGUGCUGACUAUUCAAUCACGUGUUUGAGUAAACAAUAUAUGCAGCAUGUCGAAGACCAGUACCGCCAAGGGGCCUUUGUUGUCCCUUUUAUAAGCAAUGACGCAUCUUCCGUUGGAGAAUUUGCUCCGGGUACUGGAACUGUCUCUGUUGAAAUCUACGGUUUUGACCAUUAUCCAUUCGGAUACGGGCCCAUCUGCAGUGACCCUUCGAACUGGAAUCGUGGAUCGGUGUCAUUUCCGACAUAUAGUAUAAACCAGACAACUCACAAGGUGCAGAGCCCUUCAUUAUCUCUAGCAAUUUCUAAAUUUCAGGGUGGUGGCUCCGACCCAUGGGGCGGCGUCGGAGUCCAAGAAUACGCAGCUCUUAUCAAUGAACAAUUUGAGCGUGUUUUCUACAAGGCUCUUUACUCGACUUACGGCGGGACCAACUGGGGUAGCCUAGGACACCCCCUCGGCUAUAGCUCAUAUGAUCUGGGAUCCGCUAUCAUGGAGGACCGGCGCCUCCCCAGCCUACUUAACAGCCAGGCCCUAAACGGUUCAUAUGGCAUCUUUUCAGACUCACAAAACAUUGCCGUAACUCCGGUAAUUUACAACUCUACUGGAACGGGUUUCUAUGUAGUGCGGAAGAGCGAUUACGCCUCUACGUCCUCUACCACAUAUCGCCUUAAUGUGCCAACACAAGCCGGUAACUUGUCAAUUCCUCAAAUUCAAGGAAUGCUUAGCUUAAAUGGCCGAGACUCCAAGAUCCACGUGACGAAUUACGACCUGGGGGAACUUUCACUGGUCUACUCCACCGCAGAGGUCUUUACCUGGGCAAAGCAGGGAAGCAAGAUUGUGCUUAUACUAUAUGGAGUAAUCGAAGGGGGCAACGGCGGGGUCAAAAUGGCAAGACUGGAAUCAACUAUUGUUGUCAACUGGUUUGUGAGUCAAUUGCGUCGAAUUGUCCGUUUUGGCGAUCACUUAGAUGUCCACCUUCUAUGGAGAAACCAAGCAUACAAAUACUGGGUACUGAAUACAAAAAAAUCGACUGCUGGUGCCCCAUUCACGAAAGGCUCGCCUGUCGUCAUUAAUGGGGGUUAUCUCCUCCGCCAAGCGUCCAUAUCUAGCACAGAUGUUAGUAUAAGUGGUGAUGUCAACACCACAACAACCAUUGAAAUCGUGGCGGGAUUACUAUCGGGGGCUUCCACUAUAACCUUCAACGGUCAGAGGUUACAUACCACCGUGCAUGCAGAUGGUCGUUUGUCAGCUACCGUUGAAUAUUCUCAGCCAAACAUCAAACUACCAAACUUCAGCACUCUAGAGUGGAGGUAUCUUGACACACUCCCCGAGACCGAGAACUACGAUGACACGCGCUGGACAGAAUGUACCCAACUUACAAACAAUCCCCGGCAGCUGUCAACGCCAUCCUCACUCGCCUUCGACGUGACAAUCACCAAGCAAAUCUCCGAUGUCGCCACGGAUACCCUGAUUACAGUUGCCAUGCGAGGAACCACCACUGGCUUGAUCUUUGAUCUGCCCCAAGAUAUAUCUAGAUACAUCAAUAUUGACGAGAAAUGA